GUUAACAAUUGGCUUUCCACUCUCUAGGACGUUCUAGACAAUACAUUCAAAAGUGAAAAUGAACGGAAUUUUGAUUUUUGUUUUCCUGGUCUUAAGCGGAACUCAUGGACAAUAUGUACCCCAGGGAGUACUUCCAAACCCUGCUUCAUCAUGCAAAUACCAGUUUACAGUUCCAGCUACAGCAGGUGGAUGUUCGAUGUCAUCUAGUAACUUAGACAAAAAGGUGGAUCAGGUGAAACAAGACUUGGACAAGACUCGUCUACAGUACGUGUCACAAAACAGUAUUGUCCAGAGCACACUAGCCAAGGUUCAGUCUGAUACAGCCACUUAUACCUCAAAGGUCAAUGAUCUUACUAGCCAAUUUCAACGACUCCGACAGUCAGUGAGCACGGCGCCUUCUGGUGGCAGUGGAGCAGCCGGUGGUAACACCCAGUACCUUAACCAGCUUGUUCACGACACAAAAGACCUUCUCACAAAGGCCGUACAGGAUAUUAACAAUAAAAUCUUCAACCUCACCUACCAGUUUCAGAGGGGUUCCGUGGAACAAUCUAAGGUUGAUACAGCGAUUGAGAAGCAAAUUAACCAUCAGGCGGUAGAUAUCGCAAAAACAGAACAAAGAAUUAUCAACCUUGAGAAUCAAAUCAAAUCUCUUCAGGCAAACGCCGGUAGGACGCCAACGGGCCCUGCUGUGACAUCCCCGCCAGCAUCUGUGCCAGCAGGAGGUCCGACAAGUGCGCAACUUACGCAAUUGAAGCAGCAGUACCAACAACUAGAAAGGGACGUUCAACAGCAAAACCAACUACAGACCACACAGUUCAAGAGUCUGAACACGAAGACAAACCAGCUUCUUGGACAAGUGACCAACCAGAGUAAUGAAAUCAACACCAUCAAACUCGCAACACAGGGCGCCGUGUCACGUGUUGUGGCGGCGGAGACAAAGGUCACGACUGUCAAGUCAGACCUGGACACCUUGAAACAAAAGAUUGAACCCCAGAUGAUUGUAGUAGCUCAAGAGGUCGCUGCUAUCCAGAUCAACGUCACAAAGGUGGAGAAGGAACUACAGCAGCUGGGAACACAACUCAUGACCAACAACGUCAACUUUUUUUCGGACCACGCAAAGAUCCAAUCUAUGAGCAGCCAAACAAAACUACUUGCCGAUCAGCUCAACAAGCUCAAGAAUGAGACAUCAUCCCAGGCCGCAGAUCUGAUCAAAUUAACCCAGGACGUGAAGACCUUGACCUCUGCGCCGGCUCUUUCUAGUAACACGACACUUUCCAGUGCCGCUCUGCAAAAGGCUGUUCAGCAGUUCGAGUCGCGAGUUCAGACUUCCCUCAACAAGACACAAUCCGACAUCAGCCAGUUACAGUCGGUCACACAGGUCCUUAUACAACAGGUCACUGCUGUACAGAUCGGAUCUGGGUAGUAACAUCCGGGUACGUUCGUGUGGAUGGUUUGACACUUCCGCUCGAGCAUGCGUAGAGUUUAAAAUCAGGAAAAAGACAAUUAACAAAUAAGAUAACAAGAUUUGAGAAAUUUGUUAUUUUAGAUAUUUUAAUUAAAAGGAAGUAAAAUUAAUAGUUAUUUAUGUGAAUCUCUUUUGUAUAGUAUACUGUACACGAAUUAAUGUACAUUUUGAUUGAUAUGAAAUAUGAAUAUAUUCUACAGCUAAAUAGUUACCUGAACCAUUUAAGUUCAAAAUGCUUAUCGAAUUAUUUUGUAAAAUAUCUGAUGCAUUGAUAGUGCUUUGAAUAUGCAAAUUCGUGUAUGAAAUUUUAACAUUAUUAUAAUUAUUUAUUAUAUACAUUGUUUGCAUUUCAUGUAUUUCGGAACCGCAGGGCAGUUUCGUCAAUAUAUUUUUAUUAAAUAAAAAAAGAAGAAAG